AUGUCGGUGGACAGCGUGUUCAGGACCCGCUCCCUCGGGGUGGCCGCAGAGGGGCUGCCGGACCAGUAUGCGGACGGGAAAGCGGCCAAAGUGUGGCAGCUGUACAUCGGGGACACCCAGAGCCGGACGCAGGAGUACAAGAGCUGGGUGGUGUCUCUGCUGAGGCAGCACAGCGUGAAGCGUGUGCUGGAUGUAGCCUGUGGAACUGGAAUUGACUCCAUUAUGCUGGUGGAGGAAGGCUUUAAUAUGGUGAGCGUGGAUGCAAGUGACAAGAUGCUAAAGUACGCAUUAAAGGCGAGAUGGGAACGACGAAAGGAACCAGCCUUUGACCAGUGGGUGAUCGAGGAGGCCAACUGGCUGACACUGGCUGAGGAGGUGCAGAAACCAGGGGACGGCUUUGAUGCUGUUAUUUGUCUUGGCAAUUCAUUCGCUCAUUUACCAGAUUUUAAAGGGGACCAGAGCGACCACAAAUUAGCGCUUCAGAACAUUGCCAGCAUGGUUCGACCCGGCGGAGUGCUCAUCAUUGACCACCGGAACUACGACUACAUCCUGGACACUGGGAAGGCGCCGCCGGGAAAAAACAUUUAUUACAAGAGCGAUCUAACUCAGAACAUCGCUACCUCUGUUUUGUGGGUGGACAGUAAGCCUCACAUGAUCACUCUGGACUACACCAUUCAAGUGCCUCAAGACGACCACCAAAAGGCUCCGGAGCUCAGUAAAUUCCGCCUGUCCUAUUACCCUCACAAACUGGAGCAGUUCAAAAGCCUCUUGAACAACGCCUUCAGCGGGAAACUGGAGCACAGCGUGUACGGGGACUUCCAGACCUACGUCCCGGGACAGGCCAACGCCCCCUGCUACUUCAUCCACGUGUGCAAGAAGACGGCCUGA